AUGCCGCAGGAACUUCUUCUUGAAAUUCAGAAAGAGUUGAUGGAUCAAAAACUAUUCAGUAAAGACCCAGAAAAGACACUAAAGCAUCUUAUCUCCCAGCAGUCUACUGGCCACCACUCUCCAGAUACCAUCCAUUCAGUAGUUCAAUUGGUUAUGGGAAAGGAUGACAACAAAUUAAAAAGAUUGCUGUACUAUUUCUUUGAAACAAUGAAUAAGGAAGACAAGAGCUUUAUAGUCUGCUUAAACCAGAUUAAGAAAGACCUAUCGGGUCCAAAUGAGUUUGUAAGGGGACUAGUUCUCAAGUUUAUUUCAACCCUGGAAAACAUUGACUAUGUUCUUCCAUUAUUGAAAGAUGUUAAGGAUAAUUUGAACAAUAAAUGCUCAUAUGUCAGAAUGAACGCUCUAUACUGCUUGGGAGAAGUUGGGUUAAGUUUGAUCUUGAAGUCGAGGCUGAUAUCCUCAGCACAAUGA